AAAAUUUGAAAAAGAAAAUAAAGCUUUUAGAAAAAGAAAAAAAAUAAAAAAAAAAAAAAAACAAGAGCCCAUCGAGAAUGGAUCAGUAAAAAACCUAAGGCCUAUCUCCAGCAAGUGCAACUUACAUACAUUCUCGAAUAAAUUCUGAUCCGAUCAAGAACUCAUAAUUAUUGUAACAGAUAAAAUCAAAUUUGAGAGAUCUACUACUAAAUCUAACUUAAAGCAUUGUACUUUCUUUUAUCUCAUUCUCCUUUGCUCUGCUUUCUUCUGGUCAACCCCCACGAGAUUCCUUCUUAUGUGAUUGUAAAGAGAAGAUUUUUCAGAGAUGGGUCUCUUCGAAUCGGUGAAAUCAAUCGAUUGGGAACAAGAAUCGUUCCCAACUUAUCAAGAUUUAGGGUUUUUGCCUCUCUUUGCAGUGUUCUUCCCUACAAUUCGAUUUCUACUUGACAGAUUCGUCUUCGAGAAAUUGGCAAGUCUUGUGAUCUAUGGAAGGAUGAGUACGAAUAAGAGUGACAACAUAAAAGACAGGAAGAAAAAUAGUCCAAAAGUUCGAAAAUUUAAAGAAUCAGCUUGGAAGUGUAUUUACUAUCUAUCAGCUGAGCUACUUGCUUUAUCUGUCACAUAUAAUGAACCUUGGUUUUCAAAUACUCUCUACUUUUGGAUUGGUCCUGGAGAUCAGAUUUGGCCUGAUCAACCAAUGAAGAUGAAGUUGAAGUUUUUAUAUAUGUUUGCUGCUGGAUUCUACACGUACUCUAUAUUCGCGUUGGUGUUUUGGGAAACAAGACGGUCUGAUUUCGGAGUUUCCAUGGGUCAUCAUAUCACAACGCUUGUUCUCAUUGUCCUCUCCUAUAUCUGCAGAUUAACUCGUGCUGGUUCUGUUAUUCUUGCACUUCAUGAUGCGAGCGAUGUGUUCCUUGAAAUUGGGAAAAUGUCUAAAUAUUGCGGAGCGGAAAGUCUCGCGAGCAUUUCGUUUGUUCUUUUCGCGCUGUCUUGGGUCGUUCUACGUCUCAUUUACUAUCCUUUUUGGAUCCUGUGGAGCACGAGGUUUGUUUAAUAUCCACUUUAGCGUUUGUUCUUGAAUGUUUUUUCCUUGAUGUAUAUAUAUUGUGGGGUUUUGAUUUGCAGCUAUCAAAUCAUUAUGACUGUGGACAAAGAAAAGCAUCCUAAUGGACCAAUCUUGUACUAUAUGUUCAACACACUUUUGUAUUUCUUGCUUGUUCUUCACAUAUUCUGGUGGGUUUUGAUUUACCGGAUGCUUGUGAAACAAGUGCAAGAUCGAGGCAAGCUUAGCGAAGAUGUUAGAUCCGAUUCUGAAAGCGAUGAUGAACACGAGGAUUAAUCGCAUGUUGGGAAUAUUAGUAGUGCACACGCUCUAUAUCUCAUGAAUCUGAACCACACGGAGACUAGGAAUUUCAACAUCAAGUAGGAUGCAUUGCAGUAUUUGAACAGUUGGUUCAUCAUCUUCCAGAGGAUCGUAACCGGAUCAAACCGUUUUGAAUGAAUCGGUUUCUCAAUCUGAAUUUUUGAGUUUAUUGUUUUCUCUAAAGUUUGAGCAAAUUCAAGAUUUUGAUCAAACUGCUCCACGUUCUAUUGUUUUUUCUUCUAUAAUUUUUAAUUUACGCUUUUGCAAUAACACAAUUCCUUGUAUCAUUAUACUAAUGUCAUCUCAAAAUUAGCUCCCUUCAACAUCUAUGCAACAGACUAACAACUAAAUGAAUUUUCUUGGGGUUUUUUUUGGUUCAUUGCAUAAUUUGAUAAAAUCC